UACUUUGAAAGUGAAAACCGGAAACGGCACUGUUUCUUGCGUGCGUGCGUGCCGCUGACGCUGCCGGAGAAAUUGGGGAGGCGGUGGCUUCCGGCGGCGAGGGCAGAACGUCGAGGAGCGGGCAGCGACUUGCGCGCGUGACCGCUGAGCAUCAGCGAGCAAUUCAAAAUGUCCUACAAACGCUCCUGCUGCCGCAGAAUAAAAGCAGCCCGCCGAAUAUGAAUUGACCCGCCGCUCCGGAUCCGAAGAUGGGGAACGGAUUAUCGCAAUUCGCCCGCCUCCCGCCCUUCCGGCCUCUGCACGUCGUCAUCCUCGGACUGGAUUGCGCCGGCAAGACCACGGUGCUGUACCGGCUGCGGUUCGACGAAUUUGUGAACGCCGUCCCGACGAAGGGUUUCAACACCGAGAAGAUUAAGGUGUCGCUCGGAGAAAGUCGGAGGACGCCUUCCUUCCGCUUCUGGGACGUAGGCGGUCAAGAGAAGCUGCGACCUCUGUGGCGUUCGUACACCCGCUGUGCCGACGGCAUCGUGUUUGUGGUGGACUCUGCGGACGCCGAGCGCAUCGAGGAGGCGAAGACGGAGCUGCACAAGAUCACCAGGCUGGCGGAAAACCAAGGUGUUCCCGUGCUGGUGGUGGCCAAUAAACAGGACUUGAGGAACUCGCUGAGCAUGACGGAGAUGGAGAACAUGUUGGCUCUCGGGGAGCUCGGCGCGGCCGCGUCCUGGCACCUGCAGCCGGCUUGCGCGAUCAUCGGAGAGGGCCUGCCGGAGGGCCUGGGGAAACUGCACGCGAUGAUCACCGAGAGGCGGAAGAUGCUGCGACGACAGAAGAAAAACAAGACCAGAUGAUGAAGUCGAAAAUGGGGCAUUCGUGGCGCUCAAACCCGAACAGUCCCUUUCCUGUCAUUCGGUGGUCUGAUCUUCUAGGUCGGCCGGCGUUCGGUUCCAAGAAAGGACGGUCUGAUCCAUUUUGGAUGCUCGCAAAUCCUGUACAAACAAAACAAAUACAGUAUUACAAUGAACUUUUUGAAUGCUCCAAACGUUAAAGGUGACGAGUGCACUGCCAAUGUCGUGCCGCCAAAGCAAUCGAUGUUUAUAUUUGGACUAUACCAAAGCUUAUUUGGAGAAUGACGACAAGAGACAUACCGCACUGUAUGGUCAGUCAAUCAAAUGUAUGUUUUGUUAUUCUGCGGGAAGCGAUGUGCACCGUGUCGCACAAAGAUCGUGUGUUCUAGACGUUCACAAGCUACAUACGUACAGGAUGCCCGGUGACGCAAUAAGAAGCUCCAAAUAUUCUGGCCACUGUGGAAGUGAGAGGCGCGAUCUGAGAUCCGCGCAAAAACACAACAAACGCGUGUCGUGCUUCUGGGGAGGCCCGCAGGAGAGCUAUUGUGUACUACUACAAACGAACAAAUGCUAUUGUUCGCUAACUAAUUUGAUUAAGAUUAAGAUUGACACUUCACAUCUUGUACACUUAACAUCAACUUGUUACUUUGCUUGCUCGUUAGCAUGCUAACGUUAAUUUGUUUAUUCCUCUUCAUUUGUCAUAGCCGUUUUUUUCCGUUGAUUCAAAUUAAACAGUGUGGCAUAAAUGUCUUGUUAAUGAAAGCUCAUUUUAAGAAUGACACUUGUUAGCAAUCUCCCUGACCUUCUUAGCUGUUACAACCUGUUAACUUUUUCUACGUUCUUUUUCUACGGCUUUUCCAUUUUGUCGACUCAAACAAUGCGACAUGUCUUAUUAACAAAGGAUCAUUUUUAAAAAUGACACUUUACAUCUUGCAGUUAACAUCAACUUAUUUUGCUGACUUAUUAGCACGCUAACAUUCUAACUUGUUUAUUUCUCUUAAUGUGUCAUUGGCUUGUCCGUUGUUUCAAAUUAAGCAAUGCAACAUAAGUCCAAUUUUAACAAUGGCGUUUUACAUUUCGCACACAAGUCCGUCAAUUGAGUGGGCCACCAUUUAUUAGCGUUCCUAAACUCGUUUAAACUAAGCUCCCACAUGUUUAGUGACUAUUGAUUGAUGCUAAUAAUUUAGUCAACACGUAACUGGUCAGUAAUAGUCCAAGAUUCUGACUCCUGAUCGUUGCAUCUUAACUUGGAAAAGUAGUUUGAACUGAAAUUAAAGCAAGAUUGCCUGCCGGCUUUUGUGAGGCUAAAUUGCUGUUCCCCAUUUCGUCAAGGAUUCUCGAGUCAUGCUCCAAUUUCUGACUGCAUCAUUUACAAACUUUGACAUCUCACUUGCCAUCUAAAAGUGUCUUUCGAGCGUGAUGAUGAUUGAGUGGCAGAUGCUGUGUUUGUACCGUCAGCAAAAGAGCCGCCCCUUGAUGCGUUUUGCGGAAUGCAUUUGACUGACAGGACUCGGCGUCCCGACCGAGGUUGGCCCGUCGAGCGUCUGCCCUCAGACGCGGGCUCGCUCGCAUUCGGGGCGUCACCUCUGUUGUUCAUCGUAAGAGCCGCUGUGUCUCUAUGCACUUUAAGUGGUCCUAUGUGGGAUUUUAAAAAGGACUAAAACUGAAUCGUAGUCAAAUGAAUAUUAUUGCUUUGAAAGAAGCAUUUGAUAAUAUUUAUGUUUAUUUCAUAUUGUUUGGAAUAAAGCAGAUACAAAUGAU